AUGACAGUCCAGCAGCAUGUCCUCAACUGGCUCUACAGCGUCCUGACAAGCGAAUACCAGGACGUCAACCGUUGCUACGACGGCAUCGCUCGCGUGCUCAGCCGCUACCCGACCCUGUCGCCGCGUACCGAUGUAUAUACUUCCCCCGAUGGCGCCAGCGCGCUGCUGGUGCACCUCUCCGGCACGCUCCCCGUCAAUUUUCGCGGCAGCACCUACCGCUUCCCGCUGUCCAUCUGGAUACCGCACAAGUACCCGCGGGAGCCCCCGAUGAUAUACGUCACGCCGACCGAGAGCAUGGUCAUUCGCGCCGGGCAGCAUGUCGACCAGCAAGGCCAGGUCUAUCACCCGUACCUUGUGGGGUGGCAGCAAUUUUGGGAUAAAUCGACGCUGCAAGACUUUCUCGCGAUUCUCGCCGAUAUAUUCGCAAAAGAACCGCCCGUCGUAGCGCGACAGCAAAGACUGACCGCGCAGCCGCCGUCACGGCAGGCUGAGGCGCCCCCGCCUGUUCCCCCAUUGCCCGUAGAGAUGGCAGCGAGACCUGCGAAGCCGACAUCUUCAGAACAGGCACGACCACCUAUACCGCCAAAGUCUCCGCAGGAUUCAAGAUCGGCAUCCGGCCCUCCGCAACCGGCGCUGCCUCCAACAUCGCCACCCGUCUCUCAACGACAGCCCUCCCGAUACGACUCGGCGCCGCCAUUACCGCCGCAAACACAUCAAAUGGAACCGAGGGGCCAUAGAGGGGCAAGUUUCGAGACAAAUCUCGCGAGUCCUCCUGUAUAUCCUCAACAUCACGCCCCUCUUCACCAAGCGAACCCUACUCCUAGCUCUGCAUUACCAACGUAUGUUCAGGGCAACUGGCAACAACAACCGCCGCCACCAGGGUCCUGGGGCCCAACGCGUCACGAUCCCAGACGACUUCCGCCCCCCGAACAAGCUCCAGUGCAGGCGCAGCCUCCACCGCGCGAUCUACUCUUGGACGACCCACUCACUGUUGAUAUCCCUCCUCCGUCGACGGUCCAGGCGCCACCCAUUCCUCCAAACCCGGAAAAGGACCAGCUGCUGCGACAGCUUGCCCAGACGCUUGCGUACAUGCGCCAGCAGAGCCGUCAGCAGAAUGACCAGUCCAUGGCGGGGUUGCAAGCCCAGCGCGCCGCCAUGGUCAACGCCAUGGCCGGCGUCCAGUCAGAGCUGGGCCAGCUCACGCAGCUGUCGAGUGUACUAGCGUCCAACACCAACAUUCUGCACGAGGCGCUCCAUAAAGCCGACGGCGUCAUGGAAGGAUCGGCCAACCACGCGGCGCCUGACGUCGACGAGCUGCUGGUGGCGCCGACAGUGGUGUCGAACCAGCUGUACAGCCUGGUGGCAGAGGAGCGCGCGCUGGGUGACGCUAUUUUUAUGCUGGGGAGAGCGGUCGAACGCGGCAAGAUUCCGCCGGCCGUGUUUGCCAAGACGACACGAGCGCUGGCUCGCGAGUGGUAUCUCAAAAAAGCGCUGGCGCGCAAGAUUGCGGAGGGCAUGGGCAUGGGCCUGGGUCCGGGAGGACAAUACUAA